AUGCGUCUUACCAUAGCCGCCACAGCCGAAGAAGACAAGCCUAAAUCACCCACCGACACCAACAGUGUCUCCGAAUCCGAAUCGGAACCCAAAACCGCCUCCGGUGGCGACGAAGAAGCUACAGCGCUGGGGGCGGAGAUAAGGAAGGCGAUGAGAGAGAAAGAGAAGGGAGAAGGAAAGGGGUUCUUGGAAGGAGUGGCGGAGGAGGUGAGAGAAAUCGAGUGGCCGGCGUUCGCUAAGUGGUGGGAACAACCGGCGUGGUGCUCGGCGUCAUCGCCGGAUCGAGCGUGGUGCUGUUGA